CACAGCAAUAACCAAUUUAAUAUUAUAGGGAUACCUGACUUUCGUUCUCCUGGAACUGGUCUUUAUGACAAUCUUGCUAAAUAUAAUUUACCUCGACCUGAAGCUAUCUUUGAGAUCGGAUAUUUUAAAGUAAUUGAUUAUAACUUA